AUGGCACCUAUAACUAAACGCCAGCUCCUAUCCCUCUACAGCAAGUUUCAUGAUCCGUUGGGCCUCUUCACUCCGGUAUCAGUAAGGGCAAGAAUGAACAUGCACGAGAUUUAUGGGAGUCAGGUUGGAUGGGAUGAGCUGGUCCGGCCCUCGGAUAUGCAGAACUUCCUAGAUUGGCGUCAAGCAUUGUCUUCGUUGAACCUUACUAUACCCCGAGCCAUUGACAACAGCGAGAUCUUCUUGUUCUGUGACUCAUCUGGGACCGGUUGGGGCUCUGUUGCUCUUGGAGCUGCGGUUGAUAUAUCCGACUUGAGCACAGAGGCGGUGGCGCCUAACAGCACGGCCCCACUAUUCCCGCUCAGGGGGACAGGCGGUAUCUACGGAGCCUCGAGUUCGGCAGCGUGGUCGACACCGAAGAAAGAGUUGUAUGCUGUGUUCCGUGGCUGCCAGCUCUUGGAGGAAAUUAUGAAUGCGGCGGCCAAUCUCGAGCCUGACCGCGAGCGUCGAUGGGUUAUCAUCACGGACAGUGCUAUAAGUGUCUUCAGACUCAAGUCCGCCGACAGUAAGCUCAAGAUGUCAGACCUAGAACGUCGCUGGGUCACGUAUAUCCGAGCAACAUGCGCUCGCUUUAAUUGGAGAGUGACCCACGUUCGCAGUGAGCUCAACGUUGCCGACAUCCCGUCUCGAGGCGUCAUUGGUCAGACGCAUAGACUUCUCGGGUCGGUCACAUUGUCUGAGGCUCGGGUAAUGGUUGGCUCGUCAUCCCUGGUGGAGUUUUCACCAGUCAUAGGUGAUAACAUUGGCCGACUCGCAUUGGAGAAGGACUGCCCAAAAUCGGUUGAGGACAUUGCCGCGACGGGUUAUCCACCUGAUUUGGCUCAAUGUUUUGCGAUUGGCCAGGAUAAUGUCGUGGACGAUGGAUCUACACCACUUGAUACUAGCCAAUAUCAAAUGGAGGCGCUUAGAGAUCAUCAGCAGAAAUCUCUCUUAUGUAAAGAGAUCUCGCAUUAUUUGGCACAGGUGAAGGGAGGUGCCCAAUCUGAUGAUUUCAAAAGGUAUCAGCAGUGGACACGGAUGGGACCGUGA